AUGUCGGGCGAUACUUUCGUGACCAACGGCGUCCGCAUCGCAGUCGAGGGUUGUGGACACGGCACUCUCAAUGCAAUCUACGCCGCUGUGGAUAGGGCGUGCUACGAGCGCCAGUGGGAUGGCGUCGACCUGCUCAUCAUCGGCGGCGACUUCCAGGCCGUCCGCAAUGCCGCCGACCUCAACGUCAUGUCAGUGCCCGCCAAGUACCGCGAGCUGGGCGACUUCCACGAGUACUACAGCGGCGCCCGGAAGGCCCCCUAUCUGACCAUCUUCGUCGCCGGCAACCACGAGGCGUCCUCUCAUCUCUGGGAGCUGUACUAUGGCGGCUGGGUCGCACCCAACAUCUACUACAUGGGCGCCGCCAACGUGCUCCGCCUGGGCCCCCUGCGCAUCGCCGGCAUGAGCGGCAUCUGGAAGGGCUUCGACUACCGCAAGCCGCACUACGAGCGCCUGCCCUUCAACACCGACGACAUCAAGAGCUUCUACCAUGUGCGCGAGAUUGACGUCCGCAAGCUGCUGCAGCUGCGCACCCAGGUCGACAUCGGCAUCAGCCAUGACUGGCCGCGCGCUAUUGAGAAGCACGGAAAUCAACGGCGGCUAUUUCAGAUGAAGCCCGACUUUGAGCGAGAGUCGCGAGACGGGUCCUUGGGCAACCCGGCUGCUGAGUACGUUCUCAACAGGCUGCGGCCGCGGUUCUGGUUCUCGGCGCAUCUGCACUGCAAGUUCGCCGCCAUCAAGGAGUUUGAGCCGAGCAAGCUGGCCCAAGGAAGCCAGGAAACCGCCCAACCAGUCCCCGAGGCAGCCCCAGAGCAAUCCCCCGCUGUGAAUCCAGACGAAAUUGACCUUGGCCUUGACGAAGACGGCAAUGGUGAAGUUGCAGUAGAACCGGCCCCAGAAGAAGAACCCGCUGAAGAAACCCCCACAACCGAGUCCCUCCGCGCUCAACUCCCCGCCUCCUUCGCCAAACCCGCCCAGGUCACCCGCCAGAUACCCGGCCAGCCCGUGCCCCCGGGUAUAAACAACACCACCACACGCUUCCUCGCUCUCGACAAGUGCCUCCCCGGCCGCAAGUUCCUCCAACUAAUGGAAAUCCCACUCCCAGACAGCACCUCGCCCGAAAAAUCCACCACCGCGACCACCUCCCCUCUAACCCACCCACUCCAACUCAAGUACGACCCGGAAUGGCUCUCCAUCCUCCGCACCUUCCACCCCCUCCUGAAAAUAGGCGACCGCACCGCCACCACCCCUCCCGACGAAGGCGAAGCCCACUACCUCUCCUUAAUCGAGGAGCAGCGCCGCUGGGUAGACCAACAGAUCGACGACGAGAAGCUGACCGUCCCGGAAAACUUUACUAUCACGGCGCCCGUGCACCGGCCGGGCAUCGACCCGGAGGUGACAGACGAGAUGCCGCGCGAGUGGACGAACCCGCAGACGGCAACGUUCUGCGAGAUGCUGGGCGUGACGAACCUCUGGGAUGCGAGCGAGGGAGAGAGGAAGGUGCGGAGGGAGAUGGGCCCUGCGCCGGCUGAGUUUGGUGGCGGUGGUGGUGGGUCCGUCGGCGAGGUGGCAAGGCGGGUUGUCGUAUCGAGUAUUGUGUGCUCGUUCGAAGGUCAAGGGUAUGGCUUAUAUGGCUUGUUUAAGUCCAAUAUGUGA